AUGAACAUCGACCUAGAUGCGCUCAACGACCAAGAACUGGAUGUGGGAGAGAAAGCCGACGAUGCUAUCGAUUACGAGGACAUAUCUGACGAUGACCUACCGGACGAAGAGAUGGACGACGCGAACGCGGUGGGACAACUGAGUGGGAGUACUGUACAGGACGGCCACGAGGAAGAUGAUGAUCUUGAAGAUUUGUUUGGCGGAUCGGAUCCAGUGGACGAGCCGGCGGAGAACGAUGAGACUCAAGAGCAACAGGACGGGGACGCAGAUGACGACGCCGCUGCGGACGAUACCGAGAAAACACAGACAAACUUCCGCACAGUAGACUACGGCGCAAUGGAGGAUUCAGACGAUGACGACCCGGAGUGGCGCGAACAGAAAGCAUUGUUCCAGGCAGCUGCGCGAAAAGGCGCAGAUGACGGUCUCCCACCCCCUCCACAGACUUCCAAGGAAUACUUCGAUCGCAUUUGGCCGAACUUCGAACCCGGAAGGCCGCCUCGGUUCUUCAGUCUCAUCCCUCGAAAACGCGCCUUUUUCGUACCUCGUACCCCACUCAAGCCGCCGAAGCCCAUGCAACUCAAUAAGAUCAAUCUCGAGAUCGAACCAGAUCAGGAGAAGGCUUUUCGUCUGCCUUCUACAGCCGCGUCCAACAAAACAGGGCGGCAGUUGGAAGAGGAACAGAGGGGCAUUGUCUACAUCACGGAUGGCAUCGAGGAAGUGGAGGAGAGCGGGGAAGAGAUGGACCUUGACGAUCUGGGAGACGUUGACGAGGAAGAAAAGAUUGGCAACGUGUCAUGGAACGACCUCAAGAUUGCUUGUGAAGAUUGGGACGCCAUUGCUACGGACAUGGAGUCAGAUCACGCUGACGAGCUUUUGACACCUCCUGACACCCUCACAGACGACAGUUCUUGGAUUCGCGACCUUGCCGCUCCACCAGCAAAGAGGCGUAGACUAGGAGAUCGUGCCGGCCCAAUACAAUUCUCGGUAUAUGAUCAAAUAGAUCUUCCAUCGUGGGAUGACCCGGAACUAGCCACGGCCAAGAUCUCAAAGAAGAUUAUCCUCGACAUGAACGACCCUAACCUUCUCCUCGAUGUCUCACAAGCAACCGCGGAGCCGCAGAAACCUCGAGCUUCCACUCUAGGAAUGAAGCGAGACAAUCGUGGAAGUCUGGCCAAUCCAAUGUUCAAGAGAUACAACAUUUCUAACGACGAGGCGUAUGAUGCGCUUAAGGAAAACAGCCAACAGAAGGUCCGCGCUACCUUGACUCACACAAAUGUCGAGCACAGUUUGCCCGCUCUCAAACUGCAGUAUCCCUUUUACAAGGUCAACCUUGCAGAUCGCGAAUUGCGGUCAUUCCAUCGUCCGACCAUCAACUUCAAGCCUGGUGAGCGAGUUAGCAUCUCGCCGCUCAAGACACAUAUCAAAAGGAAGCACAAGAAGAACCUCAAGCCUUCGGAUGCCUUUGCCGUCGCAGAAGAUCUCAAUAUCGGCGACAGCUCUGACCUGCUCCUUGCUGAGUAUUCGGAAGAAUAUCCUACUACGCUUUCCAAUUUCGGUAUGAGCAACAAGAUCGUCAAUUACUAUCGUCGCAAGGAUGAGCAAGAUACUUCACGACCCAAGAAGGACCUCGGAGAGACUUCUAUCUUGCUACCUCAAGACAAGAGUCCAUUCUCUAUAUUCGGCUAUGUUGACCCCGGCCAGACGGUGCCGACUCUUGUCAACUCCUUGUACAGAGCUCCGGUCUUCUCGCAUGGACCCAAGCCCACCGACUUCUUGGUUAGCAGAAGUCACACUGGCACUCAUGGAUCCCACUACUACAUGCGCAACAUCCAAAAUCUGGUGGUGGUUGGCCAACAAUUCCCAUUGGUCGAAGUGCCUGGAACGCACGCCCGCAAAGUAACAGAAGCAUCCAAAAAACGAUUAAAGAUGCUGUCGUUCCGAUUGUAUCGCAAGGGUCAACAAAAGAACGCGCGACAGCCGUGGGUCAGCAAUGAAAUGAUCAAGCACCAUCUUCCCGGUACCGAAAUCGCCCAAAAUCGCAGUAGGAUGAGGGAAAUCAUGAAGUACGAAAAGGAAACGGGAACGUGGCGACCGCAAGACGGAGAAGUCAUACCGGAAGAACCUGCUCUUAGGUCCUGGAUCAAACCAGAAGACAUUUGUUUGAUCGAUUCCAUGCAUGCCGGUGACAAACAUCUAACCGACGCUGGUUUUAAGGCGCAGGAUAUCAAGGAUGAUGAGGAUGGAGAUGCUGGCGAAAACACCGAACUCAAGCUAGCACCCUGGCACACUACCAAGAACUUCCUGAACGCCUGCCAAGGCAAAGCCAUGUUGGAGCUCCACGGUGUUGGUGACCCUACUGGACGUGGAGAGGGUUUCAGUUUUAUCAAGGUCUCAAUGAAGGGUGGUUUCCGCGAUGUAGGUGAGAGUUUGGCCGAUAAGCUCGAUGCCAAGAAACUUAAGGAGAAUGGAGGCCACAGUUACAACGUCAAGAGGCAGGAUGAACAAUAUUCGAAUGCCAUCAACAGGAUAUGGAACAAACAGGCAGAUAGCCUGUCGUCUACUAUGGAGCACUCCGAUGUCGAGAUGGACGACAACGUGGAUGUCCGCCAGGAGCAACUCCGUGGCCGUACGCCCCGCUCUGAAUUCGGUACACCUGCCUUGAUGCGGGACGACGAGACUAUGAGUCAGUUCAGUAGGAACAGUGCCAACGACGCGCAAGGAAAGGUCUUGCGGAUCAAACGCUGGGUCAAGAAUAAGUACGACGAAACCGAGGUCCAAGUGCAAACAAUCACAGAUCCGGAAGUGAUUCGUCUGUAUACCAAGCGGAAGAGGCAAGAACAGUUGGAGGCCAUGACAAUCGAUAAGAUCCAACCUACUGGUAACGCAGAGUUUGAUGCACAACAAAAACUCAAACUCCAAGCCGAACUCGCUCGUCUCAGGCGCAACGUCGAACGCCGCGAAGGUCGCGAAAAGGCCAAAGGCCUUCACAACUCACAAACGGGCGGGCCUGGCGCCGGCAAGGGUGGUGCUACACCACGCAAAUGUGCAAACUGUGGGGAGGUGGGACACAUCAAAACAAACAAGAAGUAG